UUCUUCUUCUUCUUCUUCUUCUUCUUCUUCUUCUCUCUCUCUAUAACUGAGGUCGCGAAUAGGUACUGUAUCUACUCUGUGUAUGCGCAUCUAUUCUGUGUAUGUGCAGACAUACAUACAUCGUGUUCCCAGAUUUCCAUGCGAAAAUGCAUGAGUUCUCCUUUGUUUUCCGCGCCUUACUUGUCGUAGAUUUGGCCUCCAAGAUGAUUCCGUGAAAGAGGAACUAAGAUCACCAACGAAGGAAAGCCCUGGAAUCAUGCAGAAGGAGAAUUCUGCUGAUGCUCCAUCAGCUCCUACUGCUCGCCUUCGGCACCGGAAGCGACAGAGUGAUGUUGUUCCGGAGACGGGCAAACCAGAUGGAAGGGAUUUACUUGUCGAUGAUCGUAAUAAAUACAAGUCAUUUCUCGUUCGAACACAUUCCAUUGUCUGGAUGAUCGGUGGUUUUGCUCUAAUUGUCUAUAUGGGCCAUCUGUAUAUUACAGCCAUGGUUGUUAUCCAAAUAUUCAUGGCACGUGAACUUUUCGAUUUGCUAAGGAGGACUCAUGAAGAUAGGCAACUCCCCGGGUUUCGGUUAUUGAAUCGGCACUUCUUUUUCGCUGCAAUGCUUUUUGUAUAUGGUCGAAUACUUAGUCAGUGGCUAGUCCUUUAUCAUGAUGAGCGAUGUCUUUUUCCAGUGAUUUUUCUCAUAUUUAAGUCACUUUUGAUGCGGAUUACAGGCUUUGUGUGGUUUAUUCUGACACUGAAAAAGAAGAUGUACAAAUAUCAGUUUGGUCAAUAUGCGUGGACGCAUAUGAUCUUAAUUAUGGUAUUUACUCAGUCAUCAUUCACCGUUGCGAACAUCUUCGAAGGAAUCUUCUGGUUUCUUCAUCCUGCAACGCUUAUCGUUAUCAAUGACAUCUUUGCAUAUAUUUUUGGUUUCUUCUUCGGGAGAACACCUCUGACCAAGUUAUCGCCAAAGAAAACAUGGGAGGGAUUCAUUGGGGCAUCUGUAACCACAAUGAUCUCUGCAUUCCUUCUUGCAAAUGUAAUGGGCCGUUUCCAAUGGCUGACUUGCCCAAGAGAGGAUCUAUCAACUGGUUGGCACCAUUGUGAUCGUCCAGUGUUCAAGCUUGAGACCCACACUUUACCGGGAUGGAUUUCGAAAUGGUUUCCGUGGAAAAAGGUUUCUAUUUUGCCAGUUCAGUGGCAUGCUUUGUGUCUUGGCUUGUUCGCCUCUAUAAUAGCACCUUUUGGAGGCUUCUUCGCCAGUUUUUUUCAGAGAGCUUUCAAAAUCAAGGACUUUGGUGAUAGUAUUCCUGGACACGGUGGAAUCACAGAUAGAAUGGAUUGCCAGAUGGUGAUGGCUGUUUUUGCAUAUAUCUACCAUCAGUCCUUCGUUGUACCCCAAAGCUUACCUGUGGAGAAGAUCCUUGACCAGAUCAUCACAAGCCUGGCACUGGAGGAGCAACAAACUCUGUUCAUGAAGCUCGGACAAAUGUUGCAGGAAAGGUUGUGAAGUGUGUUUCUGGUUGGUUUGGUUAAGCUGAGUGGACUAUACGCAUUAUGCACAUACUUUGUAUAGUGUUCUCAUAUCAAGCAAGUAGUCUUUAUAUCCAUGUAAUUAGUAUACUCCUUUGAAACUUUGAUGGUUGUUUUAUGUGAUUUGAUGGUUUCAAAUCUAAUGAAGAAAAUUUUCUCCUAA